AAGUUGUAUCACAAUCUGACGAAGGGAAGAGUUGUAGAAUACCGAAGGUCUCGACGGUGCCACGUAAAGCCCGAUAUCUCAGUGGUAAGACACCAAACCGAAACACCCGCAUAAACUAAACGAUAAACAGAAAAUGAUUUCCUCCUCAACCUUAUCCUCCUUGUCGAACAUCCCGCCAACGCCGUCGCAGCCCAUCGCCCCGACCUUCUCCGAUCCUCCGUCUUCGCCUGAUUCUCCGUCGCGCCGAAUCAAAUCAAGCCCGCAGCUGAACCGCUGGUCAAGAGCUCGCGCCGUUCGGUCCGGCCGUAAAUUGAGCCGCCCGGUUGACAGAUCUGCUGAUGUGAUGACUGCCGCCGACUCUCCGGCGAGGCUAGUCUCCGAUACUAAUGAUAGUAGUGGUAGUGGAAGUGAGCAGCCGCUUUUUAGCGACGGCGGGGAGGGGUUAGCCGCCGCUAAGUCGAUAUACAUGGUUUCUGACGGAACGGGGUGGACGGUGGAGCAUUCCGUCACCGCUGCGUUGGGUCAGUUUGAGCAUUGUUUGGUGGAUCGGGUUUGCCCGAUUAAUACCCAUUUGUUUUCGGGGAUCGAUGAUGUAGACCGAUUGAUGGAGGUGAUCGCACAAGCGGCCAAGGAAGAAGCGUUGCUAGUAUACACUCUCGCCGAUCCUUCAAUCGCUGAAUCAGCUCGACAAGCCUGCCUGCUGUGGGGUGUGACAUCUCUCGACGUUCUUAGCCCCAUAACCGAAGCCGUUGCUUCCCAUCUCGGCGUGUCUCCUUCCGGCCUCCCUAGGUGGGCUCCGGGACGGACCAGCUCACUUGGGGAGGACUACUUCCGCAGGAUUGAGGCCAUCGAGUUCACCAUAAAGCAAGAUGACGGAGCAUUGCCCCGGAACCUCCAUCAGGCCGAUAUCGUCCUCACGGGUGUGUCUCGUACAGGGAAGACACCGUUGUCCAUAUACCUCGCGCAGAAAGGGUACAAAGUGGCGAAUGUGCCGAUUGUCAUGAAUGUUGAUCUCCCGAAGACGCUCUUCGAGGUCGACCCCGAGAAGGUGUUCGCCCUCACGAUCAAUCCGGUCGCAUUGCGAUCAAUCCGACGAGCAAGGGCGAAGACGUUGGGGUUGGGGGAUAGUGUGAUGAAAUGCAACUAUUCAGAAAUGGACUAUGUUAAACAAGAGCUUGAGUUUGCUAGCAAUAUUUUCCAGCAGAAUCCCAUUUGGCCUGUGAUUGAGGUUACAGCUAAAGCAAUUGAGGAAACUGCUGCAAUUGUGCUACGGCUUUACCAUGAUAGGAAAAAUAGAUGUUCAAUGCCUAGGAUUUCGAAACGCUACUGAAUCUAUGUAUUUCUUGUGAAAUGCAUUAUAAAAGGAUUAGUUUAUCGUUUAA